GAAGCCCACUUGCUCGUGGUUUCUUUUUAUUCCCCUUGGUCCGCUCGGACUUGGUCUCUCGCACUCUCGCACUCCACGUUCCUGGUCGUCAUCGGCAUCGUCACUUCAUUCAACUCCGCAUCAUCAAAGUCGUAACACCACUCUCAAUGAUCUCCCUACCACACCGGGCCACCUCGUCCUCGCCCUCGCCCUCGCCGAAAGCCUCCGGCCGCAAGGGGAGCAAAAAGGUGCGCACCGGAUGCAUCACUUGCAAAAUCCGCAAGGUCAAGUGCGACGAAGCCAAGCCGCAUUGUCUGCGCUGCGUCCGCACCGGCCGCAAGUGCGACGGCUACCGGGAGAGCACGCGCUCCACUCCGGAGCCGCUCGCCCUCAGCCCCGUGCCCGGGCUCGGCUUCGGCUCCGACCGGGAGGCCCACGCCUUUGACUACUACCGCGCCCGCUCCGCCAAGAUCCUCUCCGGCGCUAUCGAUGCCGGCUUCUGGGGCGGCCUGGUCCUCAAGCUGAGCGCGACCGAGCCCGCUGUGCGACAUGCCAUCCUCGCCGUCAGCAGUUUGCAUGAGUGUGUCGAGGUCAAGAACACCACGGGCCGCGAGCUAGAUAGGAGCUUUGCCUUCCGUGAGUACGGCAACGCCAUCCGCUCGCUGCGCAACUGGGCUCAGCGCGACGAGCACUCAGCUAUCCCCCUGCUCGUCUGCAUCCUCUUCGUCUGCAUCGAGUUCCUCGCCGACCGCGAUUCCGCAUCCCAGAUGCACAUCAUCCAGGGCCGCAAGAUCCUCUCCGGCCUUGCCGACGGCCACUCGCCCGCCAUGGAACUCAUCAAGCAGUCGCUUGUCCCGAUAUAUGCCCGCCUGAGCCUCGCGAGUUUCCUGUUCGGGGCCCGGCCCGCGAGCAUCCCGGCCCAUCUCAAGAGCUGGACCGAGGUGCCCGCCGUAUUCACGUCCAUAGAGGAAGCCAGAUGCGGUCUCUAUCUUCUCCUCGACGAAGGGCUGCAGUUUAGUACCGCCGCGAAUUCGGUGGCCUUCGACCCUGCCACCGAUGCUGAGGCCAUGUACAAUCUCCAGCUAGAGCAGCAACGGCUCUUGUCACAGUUGACCCGCUGGCACGCAGCCUUUACCGUCUUCACGUCCAUGACUCCUCAGUCGCCGGCCUCGGAAAACGUACAAAACCUCCUUCGAGUCUACUACAACUCCAGUUUCGUCUGGAUAUCCACCUCGCUCCGGCGCGACGAGCUUGCCUUCGACGCCCACCUCCCGGCCUUUUCCGCCAUCAUCUCGCUCGCAUCUUCCAUCAUCAACUCUCUGCCACCCAACGCCAAGAUGGAGGCCUUCUCGUUCGAGACGGAACUGGUAGCUCCCGUCUACUGGACCGUCACCAAGUGCCGUCACCCCUUGUUGCGGCGGGCAGCGUUAAAACUCUUGACCCGAGACCAGAUGCGGAACCGGAGAGAGAACUUGUGGCAUGUCCGGGAGGCGGUUGUUGUUUCUGCUCGUGUCAUUGAGAAGGAAGAGGCAGGUUUCGGGGAUGGAUUCUCCAUGUCGACGUCCCCAGACAUCUCCGAAAGCAGCUCAGACGGCUCGUCGUAUUCCAGCAGCACUCGAUCAGGCUCCAUGGAGCGGCAGACGUCUCCAUCACUGAAAGUCGCCGUGACAAAGCCACCGUCUCUUACUCCCCCACCGCCCUCAUUCACGGACCCCAUGUCGGGAGAAGAAUCCGGAGACGGUUUCAGCCCCGAGCCCUCUGCUUCACCACGCUUCUCUGAUGAGCCGACAUCACCAACAAACAUAGCUGCCGAAGCCAUGCAGCAGCUAGAACUCUCGACCGUCAGGCCAGACACGCUGGAGUCGCCUUUUGGGGUUCCUGAAUCUCGACGUAUCAAAAAUGCUGUUAUUGGCCCGGCAGUAGAUCACGGAGUAUGGGUGACCUUCUUUAAAGAUCCUGAGCCAGGAGAGGCAGAAUGGAAUGUCACUAGAGAGUUUCUGAGGUGCUAGUUAGAGUUGAUGUCCUGCGAGGAAUGUGGUGGUCUUUUGUUGGAUAGAAGCGUGCGUCAUCAUUUUAAAUAUACCCCAAAGUAUUCCCC